AUGCAGAAAAGCGAUCCAUCGUCGUCGUCGCCUCCGGCCUAUUCAGGACCGGAUACCCGAGAUGAUAUUCCUGGAUAUUCGGGUUUUACCUACUCUGGAGGAUCUGGUCCUCCUCCAGCAUAUGACUCCAUCUUUACACGAACGAACACGAAUCCUCCGAGAUUAACAAAUCAUCGCAGGUCAAGCAAAACCAAUCCAUACCUCCAAGAUGACAGAAAUCUAUGGGAAAAACUUCAUGAAUGCUUUGAAAUGUCCAUUUUACAACAGAUUAUAUGGCUGGCAGCUCUGGCUUUUUCUAUAUCAUAUAUCUUUUUCGGACUGAAGCAUAAAGGAGACUGUUAUUGGAAAAAGUUCAACGACAAAGGAAAAAGUCAAGAGGGCGAAGAUCUCACCGUUUUCAUACAAGCUGAGGGUGGACUUAUGUGUGCAACUAUCCUAUACGCCUUUUUAUGUCGAUUUUUUGCCCUGUUGGACAGUCGUCGUACCCAUCGUCAAUCUAGGGAUGAUGUUGAGGGAAAGAAAAAAUGUGGGGGUCAUUUGUUUUUUCUUGGCCUGGCAUUGUAUAUCGCUAAUUUCGGUUUGAUUAUUGCAGGAGCAGUAAAAGUUUUCAAUCUUUACGACAGUAAAGAAAUAUCGAAAAAUGAAACGUACACAGUCAAGUGCGACACAGACUUCUACAGCUUUUAUUACAAUGCCAAAAUAGGAGAACUGGCUGUGUUAAUGCCGUACGCUCUUUACGUCUUGAUUGCCUUGAUUUUUGUGCCAGAAAAUCAAAAGAAAUGGUUCCUACGACGGAAACGGCGUCAAUGGGUCAGACUUCUUGACGCAGACCAAGAUGGCGUUAUCAGUCCUGAUGACAUGGAAAGGACUAACGCCAAGCUGGAACAGAUUCGUAGACUUGUUGGUGCUAGAAAUACUCCUUUGUCUGCUGAAGAACAAAAGAAAUGGUGGAACGACCACAUUUUCAAGAGCGGUCCCGGAAAAAACAUAUCAAUGAAUGACUACAUCAGUUGUCUGGAAGCAAAUUGUCCUGCAAAGGCAAUCGUUACGGGAUUCUUCAACUUCUUCUCCACGGAGGUUUAUCGAAAGAAAAACCUUAUCAUCAGUGAGGAGGACUUCGUCAAGUUUUGGGCCAUUCUUGCUGGUGUCGACGAACGUCAUUGCAGAGAAGUGUUUGUUAAGCAUAUACCUUCACCACUAACGAUGGCCUUUUUCUUGGAGGAUUUUGAAGCUUUUCUUUCGCAUAAUGAAUUUUGGAAUGAAUACGGCUAUAGAGUAUUUAACAUUCUGAAAUAUAAAGACUCGUGUAGAUGCUGCAGAGUGUAAAAAUUCUUAUAGAUUUUAUCCUAUACGAAAUUAUUAUAGAUUUUGUCCUAUACAAAAAGUACAUGUGAUUUUUUUAAAAUUCAUUUAUGUCAAAUAUAUGUAUAUCGAAACCGAAUAAGGAGUCUUCAGUUACAGGUAUUGACAGGUCUUAGAAUAAUCCAUCACAAGAAAUACUAACACACGUUGCAUAUGGGAUACGAUCUGCAAAAUACAAUGCUUCAAUAAGGACUACCAUUUCUUUUAAAGCGAGAAAUGUCAUCAGUAUAUAUGUGUGUUUGAGUUUUUUUCCGGAUAGAGAUAAGGUUUGUUUUUUUCUGCUUUCUGUAUUAUUGCUUUUCACAUUGGAUAAAUAUAAUGAUC